CAAACUUUUGUCCAUGUAGUGAAUUUUGAGCAGUAAUCAGAUCCAGGUACAGAUAACAUCAUUGUUUAACAGGCCUACAUCCCAUAAUGUGCACAAUAGUGACAUCCUGUCGAACACUUCCCGGUUUAACCGCACUACACCAGUUAAAAGGUCUCUUUAACGCUUGACACGCAGAAGACUAGCGACGCUGUGAUUCAGAGUCUUUUAUAGAGCAGAGAUGUCUCAGGCUGAUUCUGAUUAUGUGAACUACGCUAAGGAGAGAGGAGAGCGCAUCGAGAAGGUGAUGGAACUCUAUGAGAAAGGAAAUGCUGUUAGACAUCACAAGCCCGAAACCGAGACGGAGAAUGCCAACACGAAGACUCAACACGCAGAACUGACUGCGGGGGACAGAUGUUACAGACUGGCUGUUUUGUGUGUGCUGCUGCUGUGUCUUCUCCUGCUGAUUGCUACCACAGUGCUGUGGAUCGAAUUCACCAUCCUGACUACAGAAAAAGACCAGUUACAGUCCACAUACACCGCUCUUAUAAUAGAGCAAGACCGGUUACUGACCAGUUACAAUAAACUGACCGUAGAGAGAAAUCAUUUACGAACACGUUACAUGAGAAUGACUUUAGAGAGAGAGCAGUUAGAGGACAGAAACAACAACCUGACGAUAGAAAACAACCAGUUACAGACCAGUUACAACACCCUGACUAAGGAAAGAGACCAGUUACAGACCAGUUACAACAACCUGACUAUAGAGAGAGACCAGUUACAGACCAGUUACAACAACCUGACUAAAGAGAGAGACCAGUUACAGAGGGAGAGAGAUGGAUACCGGAGUACACUUGAUCUGUGUUAUAAAGGGAGGUGUUUCAGCUUCAACUCCAGUUUUUACUGCAUAUCUAUUGGGAACAAGACCUGGGAGGAGAGCAGACACGACUGCAGGAACAAAGGAGCAGACCUGGUGAUCAUAAACAGCAGAGAGGAACAGGAGUUCAUCAGUAAAAUCCUGAGCAGAAGAAAAGCUUGGAUUGGACUGAAUGACAGAGACAGAGAGGGCGAGUGGAAGUGGGUGGACGGUACACUGCUGAACACUGGGUUCUGGGGACAAGGAGAACCCAACAGAGCAUGGGAGGACUGUGUUGUAACUCGUGAUAAGACUGAUCCUGUCUGGAACUGGGCUGAUUAUCCCUGUAGUCGUCAGUUUAUUUGGAUCUGUGAGAAGACAGUCUUUAUCUGAAUUACUGCAUGUGAUUGAAAAGCAGUAAAUAAGUUGAUAUUUUUAUCUGUGUAGGUCAGUGUGUUGUGUCUGAAAAAUCCUCAUUACUGUUAGUAACUCUGUCACCACCAUGAUGUCACCUGAUUUUCUUUCUGAACCGAUUUUCCCAUUCUGUGCGUGUGUUUUUUUUAAUGAACAUGCAAAAUAACAGUGUGUGCUCGCUCCAGUGCUAUUCUGUUACCUGUUGAAUAAUGAGCCAUACUGUUAAACCCAAUCGUGCAGUGAUUAAUAAUAUAUUGGAAAUAUACUAAGUUCUGUCACGACAUGGGACUUGAGCAGAAGCAGGUGCAGAUCAAAGUCUUUAUUUUAAAAGUGAAUCAAUAAACAAGGAAAACGCGGUCUAGACAGGAAAACGAGAAACUGGAUGCGGGGCAGAAAACUGAACAGGACAUGAAAACAAGACCGAUUAGUACACGUAACGUGUUCACCAUUCCAACACUCAUUCAACAUAAAUACUGCGCGAAAUGCACAGCUACAUGAGGGGUUUAAAUAAUCAGCAUACUCAAACUGACAUACAGAUACCUGGAGUAAAUUAAGAUACCCUCUUGAACAUGAACCAAUGCUUAAAUAAGGAGAGAAUCAAAACAAACAAACUCAGAAGCCGCACCGCAGUGCCAUCUGCUGAGCGUCCCCCUCCAACGGCGGUCGGGGGCCCCUGUGUGAUCUGUCUCUCGCUGUAUCGGGAAACAGGACGGCCUCUGCCAAGCAGCAGAAAGGCGGACCACCACCCCCAGUGGGGCUGGAAUGCUGGAUGACACCCUCAGCAGGAAUGGAAUGCUGGACGACGCCCCCAGCAGGACUGGACAGCAGGACAGCCUCAUCGGCUGGGCUGGACAGCAGGACAGCUUCCUUGGCUGGGCUGGACAGUGGGACAGCUUCCUCGGCUGGACAGGGCAGCGGGGCAGCUUCCUCAGCAGGAUAGGGAAGCAGGAUAGUUUCCUCGACAGAUGAGACCUCCCCGCAGGUCUCUGGCUGGAGCUCUGAGGCCGCCAAGUUGACCUGAGAUGGGGGCCCAGAGGUUGCCAUGUUAACCUCGGGCUGGAGCUCCACAGCUGAGACCUCCCCGUGGGUCUCAAGCUGGAGCUCUGAGGU